GAAAUGUGUUUCCCAAGCUCGUUCAAAUUCGGAGCCUCAACGUCUUCGUACCAGAUCGAAGGGUCCUGGAAUGUUAGUGACAAAGCUCCAAGCAUUUGGGAUCAUUUUACUCACACGCAGCCUCAUAAAAUCGAAGAUUACUCCAACGGUGAUGUUGCUUGUGACUCUUACAACCAAUACUUGAAGGAUAUUGAGAUGGCCGAUCACUUGGGACUUGAUUAUUAUAGAUUCUCCAUAUCAUGGCCAAGACUGUUACCUGAAGGGUUUUGUACGAAGAUCAGUAAAGAUGGCAAACAAUACUACGAUAACCUGAUUAAUGGACUACUGAAAAAGGGAGUCCAGCCAUUGGUGACUUUGUAUCAUUGGGAUUUACCGCAGAAGCUUCAGGAUUUGGGAGGUUGGGCCAAUCCUGAAAUGUCAGAAUGGUUUGCCGAUUACGCGGACGUAGUAUUCUCUCUGUACGGAGAUAGAGUGAAGCUUUGGAUCACGAUCAAUGAGCCGGUGCUUAUUUGUGAUUUCACGUAUAAUAGUGGGCCCCAUGCUCCUGGAAUCGAUGAACCCGAAUUAGGCCCUUACUUAUGCACCAAGACUGUACUAAUGGCCCACGCUAAGGCUUACCAUAUAUAUAACAAGAAAUAUAAGCCAUUGUAUAAAGGUAAAGUCUCCAUCGCUAAUAACAUCGUUUACUUUGGCGCAAAAACUGAUGAUGACAAGGAAAUCACUGAUCUAUGCAACCAGUAUAGCUACGGGCGUUACCUGCACCCAGUAUACUCCAAGACAGGCGGAUGGCCCCCCAGUCUCGUGAUGUUUAUGAAUAAAAUCAGCGCAGAGGGAGGACAUCCACGUUCAAGAUUACCAUCCUUGUCAAAACGCGAAAUCGAACUUAUUAGAGGUACCUACGACUUCUUCGGAUUGAACUACUACACCAGCCGUUUGGUGAGAAAAGCCCGAGCCUAUGAAACUUCAGAAAAAACACCCGGAAAGGUUUCGGAGUUGCGUGCGAUUUACGAACACUACCCAAACAGCACUGAAGGAUAUCCUGAAACGUUUAGCUCGUACCCUGAAGGGCUUCGAAAUACAAUAAAUUGGGUCAGGAAAAAUUAUGGGGAGCAAAACAUAAUCAUUACGGAAAACGGCUACUCCUCUUUUGAAGACGACCUCAACGACUAUAAAAGGAUCGCUUACAUUGAGAAGCAUUUGGAACAAAUCCUACUUAGCAUUCACGAGGAUGGAGCUAAAAUAUUUGGAUACUGUUACUGGUCGUUAAUGGAUAACUUUGAAUGGACGAGUGGAUAUACACCAAAAUUCGGUUUAUAUAAAGUCGAUUUUACCGACAAAAACCGUAAGCGCACCCCAAGAAUUUCAUCUCAAUACUAUUCACAUGUCAUCAAGAGCAGAUCUAUUGAUUCCAAACAAUUUAAAUCAAAGUCCGAAGACACGUUGUAAAGAAAUGUAAUAUGGUCAAAAUUAAGUAAU